CCUCGCUUCCCUCCCACCCCCCACCGCCUGACCCAACCAAACCCACCACCACCACCUGCCCCCGCGAUUCGCAGCCCAAUUAACCCGGAAGGAAGGAAGGAAGGAAGGAUUAGCUCGCCGCCGGUGGGAUCGCCGGGCACUCGCGCGCGCGCGACCACUCGGGCCGAGUCCCCGACACACGCGGGCGUUGGAGGAGGAACCGAGGAUGUCGCUGUCGCCGUCGCUGUCGGGCGACGAUGUGGAGGUGGAGGAGGAAGAGGAGGACGAGGGCGUCGACGGCUACCGCAAGGGCGGCUACCACGCCGUCCGCCCCGGGGACCAGUUCGCAGCCGGCCGCUACGUUGCCCAGCGGAAGCUCGGGUGGGGCAACUUCUCCACCGUCUGGCUCGCCUUCGACGUCCAAUCACAGAAAUACGUGGCCCUCAAGAUCCAAAAGAGUGCGCCCGAGUUUGCGCAGGCUGCUCUUCAUGAAAUCGAGUUCCUGUCGGAAAUCACAAAGAGGGAUCCAUCGAAUUGCAAAUGUAUCAUCCAGCUGAUAGAUCACUUCAAGCACACGGGACCGAACGGGCAACACAUCUGUCUCGUCUUUGAGUUCCUCGGAGAUAGCUUGCUCAAGUUGGUACAGUACAACCGGUACAAAGGCAUUGGGUUUGAUAGGGUGAAGCGAAUAUGCAAGUCGAUUUUGGUAGGUCUUGAUUACUUGCACAGUGAGCUUGGCAUCAUCCAUUCAGAUUUGAAGCUUGAGAAUGUUCUCCUUGUCUCAACGAUUGAUCCCUCGAAGGACCCCAUUCGCUCUGGGCUUAAACCUAACCUUGAGAGACCUGAGGGGAAUCCUAAUAAUGGAGAAGUUGGUCUUAACCCGAUCGAGAAGAAACUAAAGAUGAGAGCAAGGAGGGUACUUGCAAAGCUUGCCGAGAAAAGAAAAUCAGUUGUGGAAUCUUCACGUUCAGAAAGGAGCUUAGAUGGGAUUGAUCUGACAUGCAAAAUUGUGGACUUUGGGAAUGCUUGUUGGGCUGACAAGCAAUUUACAGAUUUUAUUCAGACAAGGCAGUAUCGGGCGCCAGAGAUCAUCCUAGGUGCGGGAUACUCGUUUUCUGUUGACAUGUGGUCAUUUGCAUGUAUUGCUUUCGAGCUCGCAACUGGAGAAAUGCUAUUUACACCCAAGGAAGGCCAUGGAUACAGUGAAGAUGAGGAUCACUUGGCUUUAAUGAUGGAGCUACUUGGCAAAAUGCCAAAAAAGAUUGCCACCAUGGGAACACGAUCAAAGGAGUAUUUUGACCGCCAUGGAGAUCUAAAGCGGAUAAGAAGGCUGAAAAUGUCAUCUAUUGAGCGCAUCCUUGUUGACAAAUACAAAAUUUCUGAAUCUGAUGCCCAGGAAUUUGCCAAAUUUCUUUGCCCUUUACUUGACUUUGCACCUGAGAAGAGGCCGACAGCUACAGAGUGCCUAAAGCAUCCAUGGCUUCAAUGUAAGGAGGAUAAAAAUUGUGGAUCUGUUAACAAUAAUGAUGCCAAGAACAUUGAUCUGGCCCAAAGUACAGGGACCGUUCGCAACUGUACAAAUAUUGAUGCCACGUGCAAAAAAGGGAGCAUAUCUGGAAGUUGUGACAAGACUGCUGAUGCAAAAUACAACACCAGUAGCAGUACCAACAAUGCUUCCAUUAAUGCUGAUGUGCAGCCCAAUAUUGGAAGCAUUGCCAACAGACUUGCCAAAAAUGCUGAUGUAAAUCUGAACAUUGGAUCCAUCACUAACAGAGAUGCCAAGAAUUCUGAUACAAAGCCCAACGUUGGGAGCAUAGCCAACAGCGAUACCAAAAGCUCUAGUGUAAAGCUGGACACAGGUAACAUCACCAAUAGAAAUUCCAAAACUAUUGAUACGAAGACCAACACUGGCAGCAUCUCCAGCAGUGAUGGCAAGAGCAGUAAUGUGGACACCACCACUUCCAGUGUUGUCAACAGAGAGAAGCGCAGCAUCAGAAGUGUUGUCAAUUCUUAUAUCAAGAAUUUUGAUGCGAAGUGCAACGCUGGAAGCACUGCUAGAAGUGAUGCCAGAAGCUCGGAUACGAAACCCAGCACUAGAAGUGUUGCCAUUGCUGAUGAUGCCAAGUGUGUGGACGUAAAACCAAUCAGCGGGAGUGUUAAGAGCAAUGAUGUGACCAAUGCUAAUGUAAAAUCCAACACUGGAAUUGUUGCAAACAGUGAUGCCCAGAACACCGAUGUACAGACUAACACUGGAAGUGUUGUCAGCAGCGAAGAUAACAGUGUUGACACAAAACCAAAUAUUGGUAGGGUUGCUGCAAGUAUACAGAGGUUAGAGAGCAGCAUGAGUAAAGUGCAAAUCGGGAGAUACCGGUGACACAUCACGCUAGUGCUGAGCGCUGACCAAAUACUAUUUUCACCGGCUUGGAUAUAUGUUCAUUGUGGAGAGGCACAUUCUUUUGCAUUAGAUUUCUACUAUUGAUUUGAUUGCUGAGGAUAAUAACUACUUAUCCAGAGCCAACCUUCCUCAAUACUGAGGACCUGGCAGGUACCAGCCGGCGCUCUUGUAUAUCUCUAUUCCUGCUAACUGUAAAAAGUUUUGUAUUUGCCCACAGAAUUUACACGGAGGUACAUAUUUCUCAUACAUACUCUGGAACAGAUUGUAUUAAUGCUCACAGAUUGACACACUCAAAAUUACAUAGCAUUCUUUUGGACUUUUUAGUGGGUAAUUAAGAAUGCCUGUUCGGGAAUAUAUGUGAGUGUGAAGUAGUUGCAGAAUUUGCUGAAAAAAGUAGUUGCAGAAGAUUGCUGUCCAUAUUAUGGUGCAUGCACUGGAAAGGGAAUGAUAUACUCUGACCAGUCACACAGCAUUAUUCUCUUGUUUCUGCUGAUAUUCUGCUCUCAGCAAAAAAGAGAUUGGCCUAUGUUCUGUAACACGGAUCGGCAUUUUUCUGAGCAGUGGUUGACAUUUUUGUUCAGUUUCUUGGUUUGAGAUUGCUUGUAAAAAGUGGGACGAGAUGUUGUAUAAAACUAUUCUUUAAUGUUCAUUUUGUAAUGAACAAUCAUAUCAUGGAGUCUUGCGGUUGAUGUCUC